UCGAUCAAACAGAAGCGUAGACGAGAGAUGUUCGAUGAAUUGACCCACCGGAGAGAACUCCCCGGGCAAUUCGACAAACACGUUAUGCCCUAUCGGUGGAAGCCAGUUCGAUCCAGCUGUCUCACGGCGAUGCUGCCCUCUCGGUGACGCACUGCAUGCAACAAAUCCAAGAUUUUGUGUCGAGUGAGAAUUAUGAAUGUACGCUGGUCUGAGGACAGCGAUCGGUGGAUUCGGAUGUCGUCGUGUAAAUCCACUGAACCUGUAUCCAUCUUACGUAGUUACUUGGAAGCUCGCUUCGCUUCUCCCGUUCCCUAUAUAUGCUUUCCUCGGACACGCUCAUGAUCUCAUGUUGUGCAUCGGUUCCCUCCUCGUCGUCCAAGUACGUUAGCAGUGUGCCGAUGGAGCAUUUGGAGGAGACGAGAGCGGAUGGGGGAGUGCAUUAUCGAGGGGUGAGGAAGAGGAAGUGGGGCAAGUGGGUGUCCGAGAUCCGGGAGCCCGGGAAGAAGACCAGGAUCUGGCUGGGGAGCUUCGAGUCGGCGGAGAUGGCGGCGGUGGCGCACGACGUGGCGGAGCUGCGGCUCCGGGGCCGGGACGCGCAGCUCAACUUCCCGGAGUCGGUAGACCAGCUGCCGCGGCCCCGGAGCUCCGACCCCCAGGACAUCCGGUCGGCGGCGCUCGACGCGGCCGCGAGGCUCCGGUGCAGGACCGUCGCCACCGCCAGGGCCGGGAUAGCGCCGGCCUUGGAGCGGCUGGGCAACGACGAGCUCGGCCUCGACUCGCCCAAGAUGUGGUUGGAGCUGGCGGAGGCGCUGCUGCUCAGCCCGCCCGUCUGGAGCAGCGAGGCGAGCGAGGUGGAGGAGUGGGAACCCCAUGGAUCCUUGUGGGAUCCCUUCCUGUAAUCCAUCGUACGUUCCCCUCGUAACGAUUACCUCAUCGGCUGACACCCUCGAUUUUAACGAGGAUGAUUCACGCGCAGAUGAUUAAGAACAACAUAUCAUUCGAAGCA